CGUUUGUCAUUUCCGGAAACACCGGAUGUACGUCAUUGGACGAUUGAGUUCAUUGUUUUUACUUGGGGAUCUCGAGUGUCACAUUAGCUGUUACAGUAAGUAGACCAUGAGUCUGCCAGCAGCUCCACCCAGCUAUGCUGAAGCUACAGCAGGAGAUAAAGAACAAGGAGCUGGUAGCUUCAGUUACGCUUCCCAGCCGCCCCCAAUGCCACCACCAUCCAUGCCCAUGCACCCCAGCUGGGCUUAUGUGCAUCCCGGCCCCAGUCCAGGAUAUUCCAACGCUUAUGCUGCAGACAUGUCCUCACCCUUCUCUGAUCCGAGCUCCGGCAGCAGCUUCGACGGCCUCAGUGGAAGCAACUGGGAGGACAAGAAUGUCCGCCGCAUGUUCAUAAGGAAGGUCUUCUGUAUCCUCAUGGUUCAGCUCAUGGUCACGUUCGGUGUGGUGUCGCUCUUCACAUUUUGCGAGCCAGUCCGGAAGUUUGUACAGUACAAUCGGGUUUUCUAUCUGACUUCAUACAUGACUUUCAUGGGAACAUACCUGAUGCUUGUAUGCAGCACAAAUGCACGACGAAGAUACCCUACCAAUAUGAUCCUUCUAUCCAUUUUUACUUUGGCAAUGUCCUAUAUGGCUGGCAUGCUCGCCAGCUACCAUAAUACCAAAGUGGUGAUGUUGAGUGUGGGCAUCACAGCACUGGUGUGUCUGGCCAUCACACUCUUCUGUUUCCAGUCCAGGGUUGACUUCACCACCUGUCACGGAUUACUUUUCUCUCUCAUGAUGGUGCUGAUGAUAACCGGGCUUCUGCUGUUCUUCACCGCACCAUUUGGAUAUAUACCCUGGUUGCAUACUGCUUAUGCUGGAUUUGGUGCUCUGGUUUUCACUCUGUUCCUGGCGUUCGACAUGCAGCUGCUGAUUGGCAACAGGCGGUACUCUCUGAACCCAGAGGAGCAUGUGUUUGGAGCCAUCUGCCUCUACAUGGAUGUGGUCUACAUAUUCCUCUUUUUCCUUCAGCUAUUUGGGAGCCGUGAGUGAGGUGUUCAUGCUAUGUCUGGGCUUGAGCCUUUGUCCUCUGUUACACACACACCCACCCCCCCUUCUCAGUUACUCCAAGGUUUGGUGAGGAGUGAACAGUCUUCCUUCAUUCUGUGUGGCAGUUGAAGUUUGAUGUGUGCUGUUGUUUUCCUUCUGGUCAUGGUUAGGCAGCUCUUUGCACACAACUAGUAUGCACCCUUGCUGCAAAAUAACCAUACUACCAAUCAGAUAUACACAUGCUGUUCAGGGUAGACAAUCACUGCACAUCAUUUUUGUGAUUUGAAAUGCCCUUAGGUCAUCAGCAUUAAAAAAUAUUUAGAAUUACAGCAUUCAAUAAUGAGGAAAAAAAAUCUAUGUGUGUUUGGGUGUGAUUUAGUGGGGAAUAUAGUGACAGUACUUGAUUAUUAUCCCCUCGUUUGCACGUUGUAUAGUUGAAAUGAACCUUGCUGGCAAUCGCUAAAUGUGUAACAGUCCUUUCAACCUGAGUUUUAUCAAUCAGCAACAUUGUGCAGUGAAAUUAUACCAGAGCCAGAGAGGCCCGUAUGUGACACUUUGUUUUCCUCUUGUGCAAUAACCUGCUCUUGACUGGGGGACUGAAGCUGGACCUUACAGGAACUUGUUGCGGUCAGUAAAUAUUUUGUGCCUCUGAAUGCUGGAUGAUAAUGAGGUUUCAGUGCUGUUGUAUGGAGCCAGUGCAGAUUUAUGAAAAAUAUACUGUGUGCCAAAUAUAACUCCUGUUAUGAGGUGAUGGCACUUGGUCCAACAGGUCAAUUGUGAGGUCUGCAAUAUAUGUCUAUAUAUUCCCUGGUAAAUUAACUCAUGAGUAUGUGAUGCUUGGGAGUUUUUACUCAUUUUCAAGACUCUUAAUUGCUUUUACUGUAAUUUUCUAAUUCACCUUUAAGUAAAAUGUUUUAGAUGCUUAAAGGGUUGGUUCACCCAAAAAAAAAAAAAACUGAGGGUUGAUGCGCAAGUCCGAACCAUAGACUGUAAAAAAAUAUGGAUGUAGUGUCCGUGACAUCACCCGUAGAUUUCUGAAGAGCAUUUUUGAAGCGAAAAAGCAGCCGCUGCCAUCUUGGCAGCACGUCACUCCCGGAUAACUGAAAAUGGGCAAAGAGGCAGGACGUGGUUGAAACUGAGGUGCCUUGUUGCUGAAACCACGGCCGCCUAGCACGACGUGAUCAUGUUAGCAGGCUAAAGAAGCUAUCUAUUUAUCUUAGACACUAUCUAAAAUAUUAAUAAAGAUAACGAGUUAUAUCAUUUGAAAGUUCUAACGUUUACUACCUACGGUGUCUUUUUUACAAUAUAGAUACUCCAGCAACAGUAAUAUUGUAAUUUGUCGGGUGUGCAAAUGAUAACACGCAAAAUCAAAACAGGACUCCAUACUUUUGUAAUGAAAUAGCGAUUGUGAGAUCAAUCCAAUCCGUUGCACUUGGGUAAAAUGUCCAUGAGCGUCCAUUGAAAAACAAACAACAGCACUGUUUGUUCACAAAAGCGCUAAAUUGUCCAUUGUUUGUGUCAUAUUUCUUCUAAAUGAUCUGCUCUCCAUCAUCGUUCUUCAAGAAAUUAUGCAAUCUGAGCAGCGUUUAUGUUGUAAAACUGUACAUGAUCGUAUACAUUAGACUCUCACAAACAAAUGAGCCUGUGUCCAAAGUAUAAUUUUUCAAAAUAGUGCAGCAGUUUUAGUUAUAAUAUCCAAGCAGUGCUGUCGGAUUUUGUUGUGUCUUGAGAAGCAUAUUCUCCAGACAUUGUCAUAGUAAAUCUCACGAACAAAACAUUUAUCCAAUGCCAAGACGCAGACGCACAUCUGUCUCGACCAUAUAACUGCACAGCAAACCAUAUUAUUUGAUAAUUGUAUAAAAUAAUCCCGAAACAAGCACAAACACGGCAGAGAUGCCAAAUUCAGCAGCUGGAAUUAGCUGAGGUAAAGUGACGGCUCACAGACAGCAGCGGCAAACCUGUCACUCAAGUGACCACGCCCUUAAUUAUGCAGAACUUUAAGGCUUAAUAUAAUUUAAACAGAUGAGUUCAAAAAAAAAUUCACCCCCCUCACAGUUGUCAUGAAGGGCAAAAUUAGCAGUAUAGACCAAAACCGUAUAUCCGUAUUGACUUCAAGAGAAACUGGGGGGAGGUUGCCGCUUGGUCCGAACACAACACGCAUGCAUUGUGAAGCUCUCUCAAACACUCGCACAUGCGCGUUGAGAUGAUGCACGAGUCUGAACCAAGCGGCAACCUCCCCGUGUUUCUCUUAAAGCCAAUACGGAAGUGACUUAAACUGCAAUUCAUCGACUGGCCGCUACGGACAAGCUCCAAAAGAGAGCAGAAUCUCAUUGAGCCCCAUGUUAAAAUGCCCAACUUUACAGCAGAAAAAAAACAUGUUUACAGCUUGGUACAAAUUGUGGUUUUGGUCUAUAUAGCUAAUUUUGCCCUUCAUGACAACUGUGAGGGGGGUGAAUUUCUUUUAUAACUCAUCUGUUUAAAUUAUAUAAAGCCUUAAAGUUCAGCAUAAUUAAGGUCACCGUGGCCACCGGUGACAGGUGGACUGUCGCUGCUGUCACCACUAGCCGUUUGUCUGCUGCCGUCACGUCACCUCAGCUCCACAUUUUCUGUUAUCCGGGAGUGACGCGCGGUGACGCGCUGCCAACAUGGCAGCGGCUGGCUUUAGGUUUAAAAAAUGCUCUUCAGAAACCUACGGUUGACGACAUGAACACUACGUCCAUAUUUUUUUAAAGUCUAUGGUCUGAACACAACACACAUAUGUCAUGAAGCUCUCGUGAACACGUGUUUUUGUAAGAAAAGUGGUAAAUUAUGUUUUUUUUUUUUUUUUUUUCAUAAACAAAGCACUCGUGUCGCUUCACAAAAUUGAGGUUAAACCAAUGGAGUCACAUGAAGUACUUUAAUGAUGUCUUUCCUACCUUUCUGGUCCUUGAAAGUGGUAGUUGCAUUGGAUGUCUAUGGAGAGACAGAAACCUCUCAGAUUUCAUCAAAAAUAUCUUAAUUUGUGUUCUGAAGAUGAACGAAGGUCUUACGGGUGUGGAACGACAUGAGGGUGAGUAAUUCAUGACAGAAUUUUCAUUUUUGGGUGAACUAACCCUUCAAUUAUCAGGUGCUGACAUAUUUGAAAAGAGAUGACAUUACAUUCAGAAGAGACAAAAGAGGAUCUAAUGUACUUUUAUGAUUUGUUUCAAGCACAUAGGGCUUAUUUUCCAUGGGCUUCAAUAUACCUCUCUUGUCUCUUAAGACCUUAUAGGUAUAAGAGUGAGUUAACAUUUUAAUUUGGGGAAACAUUCCUUAAUUCUGAAAACCUCUAUAGGUUUUAAAGUCAUUUUUACACUCUUUUGACAUUCCUCUUUGCUUGCAUUAUGUACUGUUUCUGUAAACUACACAUUCAUCUUUUUGAUGGAUAGGUGUCGCAGUGGGUCAUAAGAGAUUUGGUUAGACAGCCUUACAUACCCAUACACUUUAUUUCUUGAUUAGGCUAUGCUAACCUAUAAUAUUGUUGUUAAAAUAAAUGGCAGUUUAAAAAAAAAAAACACAUUUAUGUUUUGUUUUUAGAUGGACAUUUCACAUGUGCAACUGUGUUCUCUUUUUAAGAUGAAAUGUAUAAAGGCUUUACAAACAUUUAAAGCUUAAUUUAAAGCUUUUUCAGAUAAAGGAUUGAAAUAUGAGGUGAUUUGUAUAUUUUUUUGUGAAGUUAUUAUUGUUCAUGUGAAUAUUACGUGUGAGUGACUGUGUAUAUGGAUCACCCUAUGCCUUUCCUAUCUCUCUGUGCACUUCUGUGUCUACAAAUGAAUAUGUUUAACCUAAAAUUACUGCAUGAUCUGUGGUACAGAGACUCACUUGCUGUGUGCUAACCUAGAACUGAAAAGAGAUUAUUACAAAGCAUUCCCUCUUUUUCCUGUUAAAACGAAUGGCCAGUGGGUGAUAACAGGAUAUUGUGUUGUUUUGUAACCUCAUCUGUGGUUUAGUUAAAUAAAUAAACUGAACAGUGAAUCAUAAA